GUUCUGGACAAGUCGCUGGGCGUCAACAUUAACAAGAAGCUCGGUUUGGAGGUGAGCGUUCUCAGCGAGAACUUGAAGGAGAUCAUGCGCGGCGUGCGGUUGCACUUGACUGAGCUGAUCGAGGGCCUCGAUGAGCAGGAGGUGAAGGCAAUGUCGCUUGGCUUAGCGCACACGCUGUCUCGUUUCAAGCUAAAGUUCUCGCCGGACAAGGUUGACACCAUGAUCAUCCAGGCUGUCGGCUUGCUGGACGACCUGGAUAAGGAGUUGAAUAACUUUGCCAUGCGACUCCGCGAGUGGUACGGGUGGCACUUUCCAGAGAUGGGGAAGAUCGUAACCGAAAACCUCGCUUAUGCGAAGGUGGUGCGUUUGAUGGGACUGAAAACUCGGGCGAAGGACACGGACCUGUCUGAGAUCGGAGUCCCCGAUGAGAUCGCCGCGGAGGUGAGAUCUGCGGCAGAGACUUCCAUGGUGCAUGUCUGCUUACCACUCGUGCAGACGGGUGAGCUCUCCGACGAAAGGUCCGUGAUGGAGAGGGCGCCGCCCGCUGAGCCGGAUCAUCAAAACGGAGAAGUGGCAGACAUAGCAGUGCACCUUGCGCCACCCGACGAUCUGGAGCAAGGCCCUGCUGAGGACUCGAUGUCGGCGUGGCGGUCUCGCCACCGCCAGUGCAUGGAGAUCCUCGUGCGACAAGAGUGUGGUCGAGAGCACUGUGAAGAGCAGCUCGAAGAACUGAAGGUAAAGCUGCGCGAGGAGACUCAGCGCAGGAUCGAAGCGGAGGCCAAAGUAACACGCCUCCUGGACAUAAUCCAUUCUAUCACUCGUGGGACGAGGGUGGAGCAGUUGGAUUUGGAGGUCGCCAGGCUCUCAGUCAGGAGCCAGGUCUUGAAGGAGAACGCAGAGAAGCACGAAGAGCAAAUGCGUGCGAUGGUGGAGGAGAAGAACGAGUUGAAGCGUCGUUACGACGAGCUCCGGACUCACAGCGAGCGCUUGCAGGAGGAGAAAACGAGCUUGAAACAGAAGUGUGACGACCAGGAUGAGCAGCUGGAGAAGCUGCACCUGGAGCGCCUGACGGAGGGCCUUAAGGAAAUGCUCCGGCUCAAAGGAAUGGAAGAAGAGGAGUGGAUGCAGGAGACUGCAACCGGCUCCUCCCGAGCAGAGGACUGCCAGCGGCCAGCCGACUGCACCCUCCGAAGAGGUUCACUUCGCGCCCCCGAUGCGCACGCUGUGCUAGAGGAAUCGGCGGAGGAGAGCUCGGUGCUGUCGAGCGAAGAAGCAUCGAACGCCAAGGAUCAGGACUUUCGGCUGACCAGGUAG